AUGUUCGAAAGUGAAGAGAAAGGCGUGCGUACUGCUGUAGCCAAAAAACAGGAAGGUACUGAAGUGAAUGCACAAAAGGUUCUGGAGAUUCGAGAUCUCGUAAAAUAUUACGGAAAGUUACGAGUGUUGAAAGGAAUUACGUUCGACAUCCGCCAGAAUGAUUGCUUCGGAAUGGUUGGAGCUAGCGGAGCUGGCAAGACAACGACAUUCAACAUUAUUGUCGGGCUGAACUUACCCUAA